ACUUUUUCGCCCAUCUCCGAGCAGUUGAACUCCCCAGGGCGAGCACAACGCAGUGAACCCUGGUGUCUAAUUUCCAAUCAAUCGUCCAAACAACAAACACUCCUAUCAAAAUGUCUGGUCAAAACGAAUCUGCUGCUUGGCCCAAGGCCGAGGACGGUGCUCUCGUCCAGGAGCUCCUCGACUGCGUCCAGCAGGCCAGCCACUACAGACAGCUCAAGAAGGGUGCCAACGAGGCCACCAAGUCGGUCUCUCGCGGUACCAGCGAGUUGGUCAUCCUCGCUGCUGAUACUCAGCCUCUGAGCAUCGUUCUUCACAUUCCUCUGCUCUGCGAGGACAAGAACGUCCCUUACGUCUACGUUCCUUCCAAGACCGCUCUUGGCCGUGCCUGCGGUGUCUCCCGCUCGGUCAUUGCCGUCUCUCUCACCUCCAACGAGGCUUCUGAUCUUAACUCCAAGAUCCGUGCCCUUCGUGACAAGGUUGAGCGUCUCGCUAUGUAAGCGCAGCACAAUCUGGAAAGAAUAUAGUGGAAUAGGAGAAUUCUGUGUGUUAGAUUGGUAAUACCCCGGGUCUCGUGCUAGCUGGAAGGCAGUCACGGCGACUAUAGCGGGACAAAAAAAAAAUUGGAAAACGUUCAAACUGCACAUAUGGCUUGAACGUCG